CAUUAACAGUUGGCAUCAUUGCAGCAAAACGUGCAUUUGGAAUUUAAGAAUUUUUGAGCAAAAUAGUAAAAAACUAGAGAAAUAUUUUAAAAUAUACGAUGGCCACUAAACGACAAAUUAAACAAUUCCAUGAAAUGGAAUUAGAUGAUCGUAUACUUAAGGCCAUUUCAAAAUUAGGCUGGACAGAACCCACUUUAAUACAAGAAGCUGCUAUACCUUUGCUACUAGAAGGUAAAGAUGUCAUUGUAAAGGCUAGAACGGGUUCCGGCAAAACAGCAGCCUUUGCUUUGCCUUUAAUACAAAAAAUUCUCAAUUCCAAAAUGAAUGCCGACGAACAGUGUACCAGUGCUUUGGUUUUGGCACCUAGUAAAGAACUUUGCCAACAAACACGCAAUGCCAUGGAACAAAUGAGUGAAAAAUGUGGUAAAGUAUUGCGUAUAGUAGAUCUUUCCUCUAGUGAUGUGGUGGCUCAAAGGCAUUUGUUGUCCGAAAGACCUGAUGUUAUUAUCACUACCCCCGCUAAGGUCUUAUCACAUUUACAAUCUGGUGCCAUGGAUCUAAAACGUUUAGAAACUUUGGUAGUCGAUGAAGCAGAUUUGGUAUUUUCUUUUGGUUUUGAAAAGGAUUUCAAGAAAUUAGUCGAAUAUUUGCCUGCCAUUUAUCAGGCUGUUUUGGUGUCGGCCACCAUUACCGAUGAUGUGAUGAAUAUGAAGAGUGUUAUUCUAAAUAAUCCGGUUAUAUUGAAAUUGGAAGAACCUGAAUUGGUACCAGAGAGUCAGCUAUCGCAUCAGCGUAUUUUAGCCGAAGAGAAUGAUAAACCGGCUAUUUUGUAUGCAUUGUUGAAGUUGCGCUUGAUACGUGGUAAAAAUGUGAUUUUUGUCAAUACCGUGGAUCGUUGUUAUAAAUUGAAAUUGUUCCUCGAACAGUUCAGCAUUAAAUCCUGUGUCUUAAACUCUGAAUUACCGGCAAAAAUUCGCAUCCAUACUAUAAAUCAAUUUAAUCAGGGCAUUUAUGAUUUCAUUAUUGCUUCCGAUGAGCAUAUGUUGGAAAAUCCUGGUCGCAAUAAGUCAGAUCGUGAAUCGGGUGCCUCUAGAGGCAUAGAUUUUCAUUGUGUAUCGAAUGUUAUAAAUUUCGAUUUUCCACAAAGUGUUAGUUCGUAUAUACAUCGUGCGGGUCGUACAGCAAGAGGUAAUAACAAGGGUACCGUAUUAUCUUUUGUUAGUAUCAAGGAUGCUAAAAUCAAUGAUGCUGUAGAAGAACGUCUUAAGGAGGGUUAUAUGAGUGAUGAACAAGUUAUCAAAAACUAUCAAUUCAAAAUGGAAGAAGUUGAACCCUUCCGCUAUCGCGCCCGUGAUGCCUGGCGUGCUGUCACUCGUAUUGCUGUCCAUGAGGCUCGUGUAAAAGAAAUCAAAAUCGAAAUUUUCAAUAGUGAAAAACUUAAGGGUUUCUUUAAUGAAAAUACUCGUGAUUUGCAAGUUUUACGUCAUGACAAACCAUUGAAGACGGUCAAAGUACAACCACAUUUAUCACAAGUUCCUGAGUAUAUUGUACCCAAAGCCUUAAAACGUAUAGCCACUACAACGACUUCAUCAAGUUCAAAUAAGACGCCACGUUAUUUCCAAUCCUCAGCUAAGGCCGCCUAUGAAAAUCAAGCUAGUAAUCCUUUAUUGGUUAGUGAAGUAGAUUUUGGUAAAAAGUCCGGAGGCAGAGGUGGAAAACGUCAUAAGAAGAAGUAAAAUUCUAGUGUUAAGAGGAAUUUUAUAAUUACUAUGUACAUUUUAAGUAGCUUGUUUGUAGUUUUAAUCGGUUAAGUUUUCUUUUUAUUAUGUAUAUGAAAAUAAAUGUGGAUUUAUA